CAUUGAAAAAUUAUCAAAUCUGUGAUUUGGAUUUCAGUGAUUAGCGUUAAGGUGAUUUCGUUUUCUUUUAUUCCUUUUCGUACAUAUUUGGUAAAAUCUAUAACAACAAGUUGUGUUAUUGUUAGUUGUUGAUGUAAAAAAAAUAAGAUUAAAAAUAUAAGAAGAAAUAGUUUAAGGUUAGCUGCAGAUUAUAAUGAAUAGAAAGAGUUAGUUUUUAGAUAACCCAAAGUUGUACCAAAGGAAAGAUCAGUUUUACCAAUGUGUGACAGAUACCCACCUUUUUACCAUGGAGGCCCGCCUUUCAAUAGUUGGGAUAGAAGCUAUACUUUGGAGAAUCAAAUACAACAUCAGUACAGAGGUAGACCUAACCCGGGAGCGCAUAGGUUUUGGGGCAGCAUGUCAGACGGUGGAGGAAUAUCGGCCGCUGGUGGUGACUCCAGUAGGACCAACCUGAUCGUCAACUACCUUCCACAGACUGUCACAGAAAAGGAUCUUUAUGCUAUGUUUGUUACCAUCGGCCCGAUUGAGAGCUGUAGGGUUAUGAAGGAUUUUAAGACUGGUUAUAGUUAUGGUUUUGGUUUCGUGAACUAUGUACGGGAAGAGGAUGCUUCGAGAGCUAUCGAGACUUUCAAUGGAUACCAACUUAGGAAUAAGCGAUUAAAGGUUUCUUAUGCUCGACCGUCGGGAGACGAUAUUAAAGAAACAAACCUAUAUGUAACGAAUCUUCCUCGGGCAAUCACUGAGGAGCAACUUGAAACGAUAUUUGGGAAAUAUGGAAGGAUAGUACAGAAACACAUUCUACGUGAUAAGAAUAACGGUUCGCCGAGAGGUGUAGCCUUUGUAAGAUUCGAUAAAAGAGAAGAGGCCCAGGAAGCGAUAGCAGCACUCAACAAUGUUAUACCAGAGGGCGGUACUGAACCCCUAAGUGUCAAGGUAGCCGAGGAGCACGGUAAACAAAAGGCGGCGUACUACGCAGGAUGGUCAGCUGGCUUCCAACAGAGUCGAGGUGACUUUUCGUGGAAUUGUGGAACAUGUUUGAUGCCUGGAGAAUCCUGGGAUAAUUUUCAAUCCCCUCCACCUUUACUAGGGAGUCCAAACACUCCCAGAAACGGGUGCAGGCCAGGAAUGUGUGCGAACAUUCGACCUCCGUUUGGUAAAGCCAAUAGAGCCAAUCGGGGGCGAAAUUUUCCCUGGGGCCCUGGGGCUGGUGACUUUAAAGGACAGAGGUGUAGAAAUGGUGCUCCGUAUUGAUUUAUGAACGUAGAUUAGCAGUGCAAUGAAUUAACGAUGAUAAAGCAUUAUUUUGCUUUUGUGGUCGUGAAUAUUGAUUGUUUGAGGAGAGAUCACAAAGGUUUCUCGUAAACUCAGCAAUUUUAAGGAAAAUUGCUAUUUUGUCAUACUCCUAGAUGGUGCUGCAUGCACUGAGCUGUUUUAGUAAUGUAUUAUAAUACAUAUUCACCAUUUGAUCUAUCUUUAACAGAUUAGUGCUUAUAUGCCCGUGGCGAUAUUUAGUGAAGGCUUUUCUUAUGCCUUUCAUUGUAAUAUUAUCCUUGAUAAAGAAAAGAGACAAUAGGAGAUAAUAUUAUGAUUGGCAACUUUUAAAAGGAUUAAAAUUAUCAGCCUACUUUCAAAGAAUUUAAAUAUUUCGAUAAGCGCCAUCUAGGUGAUCCUUGCAUUAUGAAAACGUAAUGGCUUGCCUUAAAAUAAGACUUUUGGUGACAUCUAAAAAAGUAUUAGCAACUUUUGUGCAGUGCCAACAGCGUACACCUAUAACUCGUUAACAAAAUUGAGUUUUAUUUUAAUUUGUAUUUGUUCAAGACUUACAUUUUAGAUAAUAGGUUAUGUGAGUAUAAUUUGUGUGAAGUCUGUUUUGUUUUCGUUAAUUAUUGUAACUCUGCCAACCGAUGGCAGACCUAUACAUUAUUUUUUAAAUUAUUUCUUUAAUAUAGAGAUUAUAAUUU